UCUCCAAAACGAUCUGCAGCGUUUUGAAGCGUCGCUCGCAGCUGGACUCGGAUAGAACAUGGACGGAUGAAUAUUCUCAAACUGUGGGGAGUUAAACAGCGGCUCUCUCCGUGCCUGGGUGCUGCUCUCGGGACUGUAGCUCGGGACAUUCACACUCGGAUGGCAGCUCUGAUGCAGAAAAAAUGCCCGUCCUAGAUGCCAUUGAUGCCUCCGCUGUUUCUCCAACCAAGCGGGCGCGAGCGGAGGCGAGGGCUGCCGAGGAGACGCCGGUGCUGAGGUUCGCUAAACUUUCCGAACACGCCACGACUCCCACCAGAGGGUCGCUGAGAGCCGCUGGAUAUGACCUGUACAGCGCCUACGAUUACACCAUCGAGCCCAUGGGCAAGGCGGUUGUGAAGACAGACAUCCAGAUCGCGGUUCCUCACGGCUGCUAUGGCAGAGUUGCACCCAGGUCUGGCCUCGCCGUGAAACACUUCAUUGACGUCGGUGCUGGAGUGGUGGACGAGGACUACAGAGGCAACGUUGGCGUUGUUCUGUUCAACUUCAACAGCCAACCCUUUGAAGUGAAAAAGGGCGACCGAGUGGCUCAGUUGGUUUGUGAGAGAAUCUUUUACCCUGAACUGGUGGAAGAAAAGACUUUGGAUGAGACCGAACGAGGGGCCGGUGGAUUUGGGUCUACUGGACGCAACUGACUGGGUUUAAUAGUCAAGUUCUCAGGUGUCUUCAAUUAGUUGUUAAUAAAGUCAAUUUUAU